AUUGAUCUGAACUUUCUAAGCUCCUCGCAAACUUUUUACACUUAAACACUGAACACAACAAACUCGCAAAAGCAAUUAAAAAAGUAAAAAAAGGGAACGGAAGAAAGAUCAGAAAGAAAAGCAAAAGAAAAGAAGAGAAAAGAAAAUCUUGGAGCUCUGGUUUUGGUAUUUCAUUCUUAGUGUGUUACUCGCAAAGCACGUUUGGUUAAGAUUCGUUUAUUACUGUUGACGCUUUCAAGAAAUGUGUUUUGCAUUUGGUUGAUUUGAUCCGUUGAUAAGUUAAGGAUGUCGGCUGCUGAGUGUUGAUUUUUGAGGUAACUGAUGUUUGGAGCUUGAUUUUGGUUGCAAAUGGCGGGAGAGAUUGAAGAGCCUUUCAGCAUUAGUUUUCAGGCAGAAUCUUUCCAUUCUGGUUCUGUAUCAUUUGGAAGAUUUGAACACGAACCCCUAGCUUGGGAAAGAAGGUCCUCUUUCUCACACAAUAGAUAUCUUGAAGAGGUUGAGAAAUGCUCAAAACCAGGUUCAGUUAUUGAGAAGAAAGCUUAUUUUGAAGCUCACUUCAGAAAGAAGGCACUUCUUCUUCAGGGUUCAUCUGAGAGCCAAAAUGGGGGAGAAGAUCAAACCUGUGAGAGUGAUUUUGUGGAGGACGAGGGUUACAGAGAAUAUCAAACUGGCAAGGAUGAUGCUGCAGAGAAUAAGGGUUGUGGAGAUGAAUAUCUAACUGGCAAGGAUGAUGCUGCAGAGAACAAGGGUUAUGGAGAUGAAUCUGAUCAUAUAAGUAAAGGUAGCCACUGCCAUCAUUUUGAUGAGAAUGGCUUGAAUGAUGCAGAUUAUGAGGAAGAUUUUUGUUGUGAAGAUGAAGGGAGCCCAUUUGAUCAUGAAAACGAAGGGAACUGGUUUGAUCAUGCAAAUGAAGGUAGCCAUUCUGCUCACUUUGAGAAGAGUCCUGAAGGUUCAGAGUACCUCGGUGAGGGUGCGUUAAUGGAAUGUGGAAGAGAAUAUUUUGGUGUUUUAUCUGCUCAUGAAACUGAUGUUUUGGUGGACACUGUCCCUGGAGAUGUUAAAGCUGAGGAGACCCAUCAAAGUGAAGUUGGAUGUGAUAAGACACUUAUAAGCAAUGAUAAACCAGAGAAAGAAGUAAAAGAAAACCUUGAUGAUGAUGCAGGUAAUAUUGAUGAAUCAUUUAAGCCCAGGAAUCCAUCCCCUAACACUGGAACCACUUGGGAAGUUGAUACUGCUAAUUUAGAAAAUGGGCAGAAUCAUUCUCUAAAGUUGCAGACUGCUAUUGAAAGUAAAGCUUCCAAAGCAAGGUUGAAGUCUCUAGUGAGUCCUGAUCAUUCCCAGAAAAACAUUUCUCGUGAUUCAAAAGUAGCUGCAAAGAUUCAGGUAAGAAGGGAAAAAGAAAUUUCGGGGAGAACGAAAGCAGAAAAGCUGCCAUUACAAACUGCCACUCCAACCCGGCGUUCAAUGCACAGAUCCCCCAGAAAAGAGGAGUCUGAAAGGUCCAAUGCAAAAUUAAGUGCUGAGAGUAAAAGUAUAAAAGGACCAAUGACAAAGAAAGUAAUUGAAGUGCAACCUUCUUCAUCAAAGAAGCUUGAACCUAUUGCUCGCCAGACACCAAAUAGGCUUAAGCAGACUGUCAAUUCAACUAAGGCAGAUGUAAAGUCUAGUGCUGGAGUAUUCCAAUUCAAAAGUGAUGAACGGGCAGAAAGGAGAAAAGAGUUCUACAUGAAAUUGGAAGAGAAAAUGCAUGCCAAAGAGGCUGAGAUGAAUCAGAUUCAAGCAAGAAGACAGGAAAUGACAGAGGCUGAGAUUAAGCAAUUGCGGAAAAGCCUUAAUUUCAAAGCAAAACCCAUGCCUUCUUUCUAUCAUGUUGCCGCAACACCCGGAUCUACUGGAAACAAGCCUGCAUCAUCUACCAUGAAAUCAGCUAAAAUACGACAGAAGUCAGCAAGUUCAGGGAUGGGAGUAACUCCAAGACCAUCAUCACUCUCCAAGGAAGCAAAUAAACAAGUCCUUUCUGCGAGUGGAUCUGUGGUAGAGUUGAAUUCUCCUACAGUUGAAUCAUCACAAGCUGGCACCAUAUCUUCAACUCCACCAACUGAUCGCCACAGCGCUCCUGAAUCCGUGGCACGACAAAAUGUGGUUCUUUUGAAGAAAGAGCGAGAGAAAGAGGGCAGCAAUUUGCCAAAACAUCGAAUGUCAGAGAGUGGUAAGGUUGAAAAAGAUCAUAAGAUUGGUGGCAGGCCAAAAGCGGGAGCCCAGAGAAAUAGUGGUGAGAUGGUAAGGAAGAACAUGAAAAGUGCUGGAAUUGGCAGUGGUUCUGGAAUGGGCCGUUUGGCAGUUGUGGCUUCUUGAAAUGAUCUGUUAUGGUGUUCCGUCUUCACCCAUUCUUCUUUCCCAUUAAGCCUAGGCGGCCAAUACAGGUAUCCUCGAUUCUAAUCAAUUCACAUUGAAUUUAAAAUGUACCAGGCAGCAGAGAAAUGGCUAGGCCGAAAGUAGGUUGUUGAUAUUAGAGUAUCCCUACAUUGUAGUUAUUUUGGUUUCUCCAAACAACUUAAAUUAUGCUGCGUGUAAUGCAACAUUUAGCUGGAAUAGUGAAUUAAUAAUGAUGGGUUCUGUUUGAAACUUGAAA